AUGACUCGGUAUUCAACCGAUCCCGAGAAUCCAACAAAGUCGUGCAAAGCACGAGGCUCAAACCUUCGCGUGCACUUCAAGAACACGCACGAAACAGCUGUGGCCAUUAAAGGCAUGCAUAUCCGCAAGGCCAACAAGUACCUGAAGGAUGUGGUUGCUAAAAAGCAGAUCAUACCUUUCCUCAGAUUCAAUGGUGGUGUUGGUCGUAAAGCUCAGGUAUGCUCCAUCUCUAUGUUUAUUCAAGAAACCAUUAGUAAAAAGGGAAAGACCUAUUUUUUUAACCUCCUUUAGCCAUCCUUUUUCUUUUCUUGUUUAGCAUGGAUUGGGUCGGUCGGUCAGUCAGAUCGAAAAAAAAAAAUUAAAAAAUAUUGGCAAGAAGGCUGGGAAUAGGGGGCCUGGUACCCCAACAUAAUAGUGAGCCUGGAAAUACUAAACAUAGUCACAAAAUCAAUGUCGCAGAAAUUGCGAUGGUCAUUGUCAUAGAAAGAGAAAGAUGGAAGAGCGAAAAUGGGGGUGGCCUUUGAAAGUUGAAAUGUGGGUUCAACUAUUCUAUAAAGGGUCCAUAUGGCUGUCAGGUGAUAAAAACAGCUGAUGUGUCAUGAAUAGCUUCCAAGAUCUUGACAAAAACAGAUGUAUGAGAACAGUCACUAUCCUUUUAAUGCUCUCUGUUCAAAAACCGAUUGCACAAGAUCCUUUUCUUCUUACUGCUAGGCUGUUUGUAUCUAAAAGUACAAAGUAAACUGGGAAGCUAUCUGUUGACAGAUCUGCUUAGAGUUCAUUUAGUAUCGCAAGCGUCACACAUUCACUUUAGUUCUCAACAGAUGUUUCCUACCCUACUAGGACUAAGAAAAUCUCGUACCUGUUGUCGUACUCAUCUUAGAAUCUAGAGGUCCCUAUUUUUGAACAACCACGUCAACCAGAAGUGGACAUCUUACAUUCUUGGGCAAUGCUGUCGUCUUAAUUCUCAGGCAAAUUGCCUCUGUAAGAGUAAAGACACUAAGCAAGAUAAAAUUGGUAUCGUCAAGGCAAAAUAAAGGGGAAAAGGCCCCUCUUCUGGUUGACAUGGGUGGCUCUAAAACACCUUUGCUCUUUAAGUUCCCUAUUAUAAGAGUGCCAGCUUCUCGGCAGCACUACUUACAAAAAUUAGGAAUGAAAUUGAAAAAAAGAAAGGAGUUUACAAGAUGGAGUAUUCCCAAUACAGAUCCUUACCUACCUACUUACUUAUGUACCUCCUUACUCGCUUAUUUACAUCCUUACUUCCAGUUGUAAAUACUUCCUUCCUUACUUACCUACCUGCCUGCCUGCCUUCCCGCCUGCCUACCCAUCCCCUCUAUUACCAUUUUUCUCUACCUAUUAAUGGCUACCACUAGAAUAGGAAGGAAUUUAUUCAGUACAAGACUAUGCUGUAGUAGUGCCUGGUUACCCUUGGCACCUAACUUUUGUUCCCUGGAUGGCAAGUAGAAAAUUUUAGUUUUUUCAUAGCAGUCAUAGGCUGGGGACCCUUGAUUUCACUGGUUCAAAGCACUGGGCUUCCUCUAGUUUUCUUAGAGCUCAGCCUUGUGGGGUUUGUUUGAUGUAACAAAAACCCGGCUGAUCGAGAAACCAUUAAUUACUUUUAGGCCAAGAAUCAUAAAGCCCCAGGAUCCCAGGGACGAUGGCCAAAGAAGAGUGCUGAGAUUCUUCUUCAGCUUCUCAAGAAUGCUGAGAGCAAUGCUGAGUUCAAGGUGAGUGUGCAAUAUAGGUUUCAGGUCAGUUCAGUAGAACCCUGCCUUCUGGCCACCUCGGUAGUACUGUCACCUUGUUAUUACAGCCACCUGGCAAAAUAACCGUACAUUUUCAGGGUGUUCAUUAGGCUUCACAGACUGGAGAAUUCUCCGUUUACUAUGCGGAAUUCUCUGACUAACGUUUGGUAGCUUAUGACUAUUUUUUUUCAGACAUGGAGCCUCUUUCGUGAUAGUACCUUUCUCCUGCUACUAGGAUUCUUAAUGAAAACCCUGCAUUUUUUAUUAAAAAAACCCUUGUUAAUAUGGUCACUCAUUAAUGCGGCCAAAUUUUAUCACCCCAUUGGUGACUAUAUCAAUGGGGUUCCACUAUAUAUAUUUUGCACUGAAAUGGAUUUUUGUGCUUGGCAUACUCAUGCACUCUUACUGUCAUUGACUUUUACUUGUGAACAACCUAUUCACUUAGUUUGUAAGUUUUCUUUCCGUGCACUGUAAAGUCUGUUUGUGUACCAUCCACUGGAACCAUAAAAAUGUUCUUUUCUUGACAUGUGCGUUCUAUUUCUGUUCAGGGAUUAGAUGUGGACUCUCUGGUGGUCGAGCACAUUCAAGUUAAUGCUGCUCCCAAGAUGAGAAGGAGAACCUACAGAGCUCAUGGACGUAUAAAUCGUAAGUCACUGUUUAUUUUGAUUGCAAAUGCUUUGAAGCCAGGAGUCAUGUCAUAGGAAGUCAAAUAUGGUCUUCUUGAGGAGCGUACAUGAUUUGUACAGUAAUUCCUGAAUAAGGCUGUUACUGACUGCUAUUGAUGUUUCGACUACCAGUGCAGAAGCCAAAUGAAAGGCUCUGCUAGCAAGGUGAUGUGCCACAUUUGGAUUGUUAUUUUUUCAUGCCCAUCACUAUCUAAGUUACCGAUCCCCACAUAGUCAGUGAUGACUGUUGAGGCACCACAGAUGACUUGGGUAGAGUAGCCUGCAUAGCUGGCAGGAAUACUGUAGUGUAGGAGUGUUGUGUUGGCAGUGGAGCCGUGAGAAGAGUGGGUACAAGCCAAUUUGAAAUCUGUGUGGCAUUCAAAACGCGUAAGAAAUGUGGUAGGUGGGAUUUUCCCUUGCGGCUUCGCCUCUCCUUUGGCGUAGUAGCUCGGCUGCCAGAAAGUACCCCUGCCACAAGAAUGCGCCAGCUACGCAGGCUAUAGGUACAGCAAUGGGGUAAUUUUAUAUGCUGUUUCCCUUGUUGAUUGCAGCGUACAUGAGUUCACCAUGUCACAUAGAGAUGAUCUUGGCAGAACGCGAGCAAGUGGUGCCACGAGGAGAAGAUGAAGUUGAAGUUAAAAAAGUUUCCAAGAAGAAGAUGGCGCGAGAAAAGAUGAAGUCUAGGGAAUAG